AUGUCUACCACCCCAUCCCACAGCUCCGCCACCGCGCGCGAUGCCACUACAAACUACUCGUACGAUCUCAGCAACGCGAUAUACGGCGCCUUCCCCAGCUGCGCAACCGAUAUCUCGCCGCGCAGAUCACGCGCCGCAUCUCCAGCGUCCGCAUCAAACUCAAACUCUUCAAAGAAGCGCAGCACAGGCAUGACUACUGCAAACACCACCGGCACUGCAAACCGCACACUCUGCCGCCAAGCCAUCUCCUUGCACCGCUCCAACGCGCCCCCAACCUGGCUGCCCGCACCCAACCCCACCAGUCCCACCAACAAACGCAGUGCGCUCGCGAGACGCCAACAAGGCCAGCAAGGCAUGAACAUCCACGCCAGCACGUGCCUCAACCUCAAUGCCAGCGCCGAAGACGAGACUUCAGAAGCGGAUUUGUGGAUUUUGCCUGAGCUUGACGACUGGGAGGAAGACGAAACCGAGACAGAGUCUGCGAUCUUGACGCCUUCGAGUUCGGCGGAGUUGGACGCACCAAGACCGGCGAUUGGGGGAAUGGAGAAUAAGUGGGCGGGUGUGUUGAGAAGGGCGGCGAAUAGCAAUCUUGAGCGUCUGAGGAAUAGGAUGGAGGGUGAGGGGUGGGACUUUGUUAAGCCCGAUGACGAGGAUUUGGAUGAGGAUGAUGAAUUCGAUGUCGUUGUUUUGCGCAAAGCGUAG